GCCCAACGAAGUUUCACUUCUCAGACAGCUAAUUCCAGAGAGAAACUUUUCGGGAAAAUCGAUCGAAAACCCUAGGAGAGAGAAAAAAAAAAUCCAGACGGAGAGUUAUGGCGGAAUCGAAUCCUGGCCGUGGAGGUGGAAGGAGAGGCGGUGGACAUAUGGAUGACGACAAGUUGGUCUUCGAGACGACGGCAGGGAUCGAGCCCAUCACGAAUUUCAGUGACAUGGGGAUUAAGGAGAAUGUACUUCGCGGCGUCUACGAGUACGGUUUCGAGAAGCCAUCCGCGAUUCAGCAGAGAGCUGUUAUGCCGAUUCUCCAAGGCCGCGAUGUUAUUGCUCAAGCUCAGUCCGGUACCGGAAAAACCUCUAUGAUUGCCCUCUCCGUCUGCCAAGUCGUUGACACUUCUUCCAGAGAAGUUCAGGCCUUGAUAUUGUCCCCAACGAGAGAGCUGGCUUCACAAACAGAGAAGACGAUUCAAGCUAUUGGAUUACACGCCAAUAUUCAGGCACAUGCGUGCAUCGGUGGGAAGAGCGUCGGAGAAGACAUCAGGAAGCUGGAGCAUGGUGUCCAUGUUGUGUCGGGGACUCCUGGUCGUGUCUGUGACAUGAUAAAGAGGAGAAGUCUACGUACCAGAGCUAUUAAACUUCUGAUUCUUGAUGAAUCCGAUGAAAUGCUGAGCAGAGGGUUCAAGGAUCAGAUCUAUGAUGUUUACAGAUAUCUUCCUCCCGAUCUUCAGGUGGAUUGGCUAAGUGAGAAAAUGAGGACUAGCAACUUUACAGUCUCGUCAAUGCACGGUGACAUGCCUCAAAAGGAGAGAGAUGAGAUCAUGAACCAGUUUCGGUCAGGCGACAGUCGUGUUUUGAUCACGACAGAUGUAUGGGCACGUGGGAUUGAUGUGCAGCAAGUGUCUCUUGUCAUCAAUUAUGAUCUCCCCAACAACCGUGAGCUCUACAUCCAUCGUAUUGGACGGUCUGGUCGUUUCGGGCGUAAGGGUGUUGCGAUCAACUUUGUUAAAAAGGACGACAUCAAGAUCCUUCGAGACAUUGAGCAGUACUACAGUACCCAGAUUGACGAGAUGCCGAUGAAUGUAGCUGAUCUUAUCUAGAAGGACCUUUAUCUGCCUGAGAGUUUUUGCGUGAUGGUGUCUGUGUUUGCAGUGGGAAGUGUCUGAAUGAUAAAGUAUUGUUCAGGGCUUGUAUCAGAUUAUUGCACCGAUCUUAUGCUUUUGGAGUUUCUGUGGCUUCUUUUGAAACACUUGCGCUCACUUUGUGGUAAAUGCUUAAUGACUUGAGAAGCGAUUUGGGUUUUGGGGUUUGUUCUUCUUUUCCUCGCUAUCAUUACUUGUAAGACUUUGUGGUCGACCAUGGAAAAAACGAUUCAGUGUUUUCUUAUUUAGUAAAACUUGGAUUUUGUCUACAAACGCAAUCAACUGUUACUGGGCAAGGAUUUGAGUUUUUUCAUCUUUAUAGUCGCUCAGAAUGAAAAUUAUAUAGAGCAGAGUUCUACGUGUAAA